AUGGCACCACCCGCAAUUAAACGAAGAAAGCUCGAGCACAGCGACUCGGAAGCAGAGAGCGAACGGAGCUUUGUCGACUUUGACGAAACCAAUAGCCGUGCGGAUUCGAAUAGAAGCGACACUGAAGAUGGGCAUAAUGAGAGCGACAUCUCCAUGGACGGCGCGCAAGAGAUGGAGGAAGGCGACAAUGACGACGAUGAAAAUGAAGAUAUGAGCGAAGAUGAAGAAGAAAGCUCCGAAGCUGAGGAGAGCAUUCAGGAAAGCAAGAAGCAGAACCCAAGCCCCAAGGCCACAAGCGCACCAAAGCCAUCCAAGCGGCCAACACCUAGUCUCCAAGACGGCGUCUACAGUGCGGAGUCCUUCAAGUCAAACAUUUUCAAGCUUCAGGUCGAUGAGCUGCUUGAACAGGUCAAGCUCAAGUACGGCAAGAAGGAGGCGCCUGCUGAAAAUGCAAUGCGAACCCUCAAGACUAUAAUCGAGCAGAUUCCUAGCCGCGACCCACUUCCAAUUGUUGAGGCUGAAAAGGCGCUCAAAUCAGCUGGUGUUGCGAUUCCGUUCCCUAGCCCUCGCCCGCCGAAGGAUGCUUUGUACAAACUACAAUACGAGCGACCUGCGAGCGUAAACGUAACCGGUAGCUACCCCCUCAAAACUGCGACUCGAGCCGAAGAAAGAUUUGGGAUUGAUCUUGUCGUGACCAUGCCGAAGAGUCUGUUCCAAGACAAAGACUAUCUGAACUACCGAUACUUCUACAAGCGCGCAUAUUAUCUGGCUUGUUUGGCGGCAGGAAUCAAGGCCUCCAAAGAGCACAAGUUUGAUUUGUUGUUUGAUCGCUUGAAUGGGAACCAGCUUCAGCCUGUUCUCGUCGUGCGACCGAGCGGCAACAGCGAUGCGGACGAUUUUUCUAGCUCAAAAUGCCAGAUCAACGUGCUGGUGGCGCUCCCAGAACACACUUUUGCUCAGAAUAAGCUUCUACCGACUUCCAAUUGCGUGCGACCCAAAGGCAGCGAAGAUGAAAGUUCCAGCAAAACGCUCACAGCGACGCCUUUCUACAACAACAGCCUGCAAUCUGAUGCAAACAUUACAGCAUACCUAAAGCUCUUGCACGGCACUGCGUCGAAGGCUGAGUCUUUUAAGGAUGCAUGCAUACUGGGGCGCGUUUGGCUGAAGCAACGCGGGUUUGGCAGUCAGAUUCGCAAAGGAGGUUUCGGAAACUUCGAGUGGGCUGCCAUCAUGGCUAUUCUGCUUCAGCCAAAUUCUGGAACAGGUGCUCAGUCAGUCUCUUCAAGUUUCAGCAGCUAUCAACUAUUCAAGUCGACGCUGCAGUUUCUGUCGCGUGGAGAUCUAACGAAGAAGCCGUUCAUCUUCCAAGCAUCCAACAUCACUAUCCCCAAGGCAGAGACCGCUCCUGUCGUCUUUGACGGACCACGAGGACAGAAUGUGUUGUUCAAGAUGACGCCCUGGUCGUACAAGCGUCUGCAAUCGGAAGCAAAGGCUACUGUCGACAUGUUGAGCGAUUCUGUAUUCGAUCAGUUUGAUGCAGCCUUCAUUCUGAAGACUGAAUUGCUCAAGUACCGCUACGAUGCAACACUCGAGAUUCCCCUCACUUCGCUCGGCCUUGAAGCUGGAAGCGGAGAAUACGAUUCGCAGCUUGGCGAAACCUGUCGAAGAAUACACAGCACCCUGACCCGUGCGCUGACCGAUCGUAUCACCGCUAUAUCAUUCACUUUGCCCGAGGAGGAAAGCUGGUCAAUAUCCUCAAGACGCCCUCAGGAAAAACAAAGCAAAAGCAUUCUUAUCAACUUUGAAACAGACCCUGCCAAUGCCACUCGCACCGUGGAUCAUGGACCUCCAGCAGAAAACAAACAGGAGGCUGCUGUCUUCCGCAAGUUCUGGGGCGAGAAAGCCGAGCUUAGGCGCUUCAAAGAUGGAAGUAUUCUGGAGAGUGUUGUUUGGACGGUUAGGGACGCAUCAGCGUCCGUCAUGGAGCAACUUGUUCUUUACAUACUUGGCAGACACCAUGGCACACAGGUGUCUGAGCAAGCCAGGUUCACAAUCGAUGCAUUUGGCCACCUUGUAGCAGCGGGCCGUAUGCAGGGACAGUCUGGAACCGCGCCUUUUCUCCCCAUUAUGAACGCGUUUAGUGCCAUGGAAAAAGACAUCCGGGACUUGGAAGAGCUACCACUUCAACUUCGCCAUCUGAGAGCUGCCGAUUCACAACUACGGUACACGUCCGUUGACGUUCCCACUGUGGGCCACGCUCCGGCCUCAGUCGUGUUGCAAUUCGAAGGUUCUGGACGCUGGCCGGAUGACUUGUGCGCCAUCCAGCGGACUAAGAUUGCCUUCCUCCUCCGAAUGGCUGAGCUUCUACAUAAACUCGAGUCCGGCUAUGUUGCCCGUGUUGGCAUGGAGAAUCCAUCACAACCGGCGCAGAACCAGGCAUUCUUGGAUGUAACGGUUGCUACAGGUUUCACGUUUCGCAUUCGCAUCUACCAUGACCGUGAGCCUACGCUAUUCGAACGCCAAAUCAAAGACAAAUCAUUAGACUCUCAAUCACGCGAGUCUGCUGCUGCUUCUCUGGCACUGUACAAGCGCGAAUUCAUCCAAUCGCCCCAACACUCACAAGCACUGCAGACGCUCUGUACCAGAUUCUUGGCACUUUCACCAGCGAUACGGUUGACAAAGAAAUGGUUCGCGUCACAUCUGCUCGCACCGCACUUUUCACCUGAACUCAUUGAACUACUGGUUAUACGGACGUUCCUACAGCCUCAGCCAUGGCCUGUACCAUCAACAGCAACGACAGGUUUCUUACGGACGUUAUCGUGGAUCAGCCGAUGGGACUGGCGUCAUGUCCCUUUGAUCGUGGAUUUCUCGACAUCUUUCUCUGCCAAUCCUGCCAAUCUUGAAGACACAUCUUUAAAGGGCAUGAAGUCAGAAGAUCUCGACCGCUUACGAACGCGCUUCGAGGCAUGGCGACGAAUCGAUCCCGCCAUGAACCGUGUCGUAUUUUUCGCAGCUACCAACCUUGAUGAAGAAGGCACCACUUGGACAGACAAAGCAAAGCCAGAAAAGGUUGUCGCUACUCGCUUGACGGCUCUGGCCCAAGCAGCUACGCAGGCUGUUCGCGCAGACGAAGAUGGCUUCUUAAAGCAUAUCAGCAGCAACAAGGACGGGUCCAAAGCAUAUGAUGGUCUAAGCCCAGAGGCCCUCUUCGUUCCCAGCUUAUCAGAAUUCGACAUCGUCCUUUCCAUCUCGUCAAAACACAGCCUCAAAUCAUCCAAAUCCCGCAAACCCACCACCCAAUUCAAGAACCUCGAUCUCCAAAAGUCAUCAAGUCCUUUGCCCGCACCGACCCCCCUGCCCCAGCUUUUUGCCGAAGAAAUCUCAGAAGUCUACGGCGAUGCAGUGCUGUGGUUCUGGGAUCCGGAGAGUCUGGAUAAGAUUGUGGGACUGUGGAAUCCGGUUGUUACGGGUCAGAGGAGCUGGAAGAUUAAAGUUGGGUGGAAUAGUGUGCCGGUGGGGAAGAAAGACAAGGUGGAGAUUAGGGUGAAUAAAGAGGCGAUUGUGCAUGAGGUUAAGAGAUUGGGUGGGGAGCUUGUGAAGAGUAUUGAGGCGAAGUUUUGA